AUGACGCGGGGAAGAGCAGUUCAACGAGAAAAUCCUCAAUAUAAUAUUGAAACGGUCUCACUUGUGUACGCUAAUGUUAACCAAGAGAAAGGUCCAAGUUGGUAUGAUGUCGAAAACUAUGAACUCCCACGAGAUUCUCAAGAUCCUUACUAUCUACUCGACUGGGUAGGAACUGGAAAAUAUAGCGAUGUUUACACCGCCAAAUAUGGAGAUCAAAUCGUUGCAAUUAAAGUUUUGAAACCUGUUCGUUCGCAAAAAUAUAACAGAGAAGCUAAGAUUUUAAUUAAUUUACGAGGCGGUCCUAAUAUUAUUCAGCUUAUAUCAGUCGUGCAGAAUCCGAAAAACUUUCAAUAUAGUUUUGUUUUCGAGUAUAUUAAUGAUAUUGGUUUUGAUACUUUGAUGAAAACAGCUACAGACCUAGAAGCUCGCUUCUACCUUUAUCAGUUAAUGAGAGCAUUGCAGUAUUGUCACUCUCAAGGUAUUAUGCAUCGAGAUGUCAAACCGCUAAAUAUUUUAUACGACAACAAGCAGAGAAAACUCAGAUUAAUUGACUGGGGCUUAGCAGACUUUUAUCAUCCAUAUCAGCGCUACAACAUUCACGUUGCAUCUCGAAACUUUAAACCGAUUGAAUUAUUACUUGAUUAUCAAUGCUACGAUUACUCGGUAGAUAUCUGGAGUUUUGGUGCUACCAUGGCAGCUUUGAUUUUCAAAAAGACACCAUUCUUUAAAGGAAACAACGAUCUUGAGAUGAUCAAAGAAAUUGCAUCGGUUUUAGGUGGUGAAAAGCUCGAAAAAUACAUGCAGAAAUACGGAAUUCCUCAGCCAGAUGGAUUUCCAAAGUCUUGCCUCAAGAAAAAGGCAAAACCUCUUGAAUCUUGCCUCAGAAAGAACGCAAAGAAAGAUCUUGUGUCUCCUGAGGCUUUGGACUUGCUGGAUAAAUGUCUCAGAUAUGACCAUCAGGAGAGAAUUACUGCAGCGGAUGCAUUGAAGCAUCCCUACUUCGAUCCAGUUCGUGAUAUGGUUGCCAAUUGA